AUGGAGCCUUUUGUUGCAACGAACGUUAUGUUCCACACCACUGCUAAAGGUGUCUGGAAUUAUCUGAAAGAAACAUGCAAAGUUUUUGUGGCUAAGAUUUUGUCGGUGUUAGAUACUGUCUUGCAACCAGUCAAAAGCCAGAUUCUUGCAAGCGAGAAGAUACCUUCUAUGAUGUGGCGUUUUGUCGGAUUCAAUGCACUCUCUCUUUCCGUUGUCAAAUCUGAACAAUCCUUCUCUUCUAAGGAUAAUUCAGCCUUUCUUUCAAAUAAUGGUGUUCAUGGCCGUGUUGCUGGCCAAGUUCAGGGGGAGGUCGAGGUCGUGGUGGUGGUAGAGGUAGAGGACAACAACCAGACCAAGACAUACAUCAGUGUACUUGAUAACAAUUCAUUGGCUGUAGAUCCUUGGAAAAGGAAAAUUUACAAGGAAGUUGUUCAGGAGUUCUACAACGGUGUCAUCUUCCGACGCCUUGCUUCCACAUUUGGGGGUAGUCGGUUUGUCUAUCCAUUACGAGAUGAACUAAAUCAAUUACUCAAACGUAUUAAACAACUUGAGACAUUUGCAUUUACUUCUUCUGCUACAAUUGGUCACUCAGGUAGUGGUGCAUUUCUUGCUUCCUCUUCUUCUAUACCAUGGGUCAUUGACUCCGAUGUCACUUCCCAUAUGACUGGUAAGUCCCAUGAUCUCAAAAUAAGAAAGACGAUUGUUGGAGGGUGUGAAAAGGAUAGCUUAUAUUACUUUGAUGGCGUUGCUCCUAUUAUUGCUUCUAUUACUUCUAGUGUAUCCUCCCCUCUUCAGCGGCAGUUCCGGUUUUUAUCAUAUUGUGAAGUUCCCAACCACCUCCCUGUUACAAUUGCAUGUCAUAAUAGUGAGAGAUGCUGGGAUUCAAGCCCUGAUAAAAGAACCUCGAUUCCAUACUCAGAUUUUCCAAAUGUAAUGCUAGUUUACCCCCAAUUUCCCGAGGUUAUAGCCUUUGGCAAACAACGCAAGAAGCAAGGUGUUGCAUGCCAUCACCCAAAACUAUUCGUUUUGCAAAGAGAAGAUAGCAUCCGUGUAGUUGUUACUUCAGCAAAUCUAGUGUUUCAACAGUGGAAUAGUGUGACUAAUACUGUUUGGCGGCAAGAUUUUCCUCGCCAAAGUGAACCUGAUUAUUCUUCUCUUUUUACUCAACUUUCUGAUGGGGAAGCAGUUUUAGAUUCAAAAUCUGAUUUUUCUUCACAAUUGGCUGGAUUUAUGGCCUCUCUAGUUGUUGAUUUUUGGAGGAGCUACUGGACACUUGGUUGCUUCAGUCCCAGGACUGCAUACUCAAAAAAUCCCAUACCCACUAGAAAACAUGCACUUCCUAUCUAUCACAUUCAACUUGGGUUUCUACCUAGAGAUAUUGCAAAGUGGGUGGCACCUUUGUGUGAUAUUGGGGUUUUCAGGUUCUCUGCUUGUAUUUUUCCAACAGAAGUUCUUGCAGCUGCUUUAGAAGGGAUCAAUAGCAAAGUACGAUUGAUAUUAUAUGUGUCACAGGGGCCAAAGUUUGCUGAAAUAUCAAGGAUUCUGCAAGCUGAACAUGUUCCUGCAAUUUGUUCGCUCGUUGCAUCCAUGCAUAGGUGUGUAGGCCUAUGGCGCUUACAAGAGGUGUUGGGUCGGUUCAAGUGGCCUGAAUCACUAGAAACUGAUUUCAUAUAUGGUUCAUCUUCAAUUGGAACAUCAGUCAAUGCAAGCUUUUUAGCUGCAUUUUCAGCAGCUGCUGGAAAGCGUUUCUCUCAAUUCUCAGAGUCUGAGGAGUCUGACCCAGAGUGGGGCCGCUGGAAUGCUAGUCAAGAAUUAAAAAGUCCAUCUAUGAAGAUCAUCUUCCCUACCAUUGAAAGUGUGAAAGAUGCAUCUUCUGGAAUUUGGUCUUCUAGACAUAUUCUCUGCCUCUCAGAGAAGACAUGGCAGAGGUUGAAAACUGUGGACAUAUUUCACAAUGCAGUUCCUCAUCCCCAGGAUAGAAUCGGAUACCCAAUGCAUGUCAAGGUGGCACGGAGACGCUUCUUGUCAAAAACUGAUUCAUCUUCGUUUGGAUGGAUCUAUUGUGGAUCGCAUAAUUUCAGCCCAGCUGCCUGGGGACGACCAUUAUCCUAUUCUUCCUCUCCAAAAGCAGAUGGAGCUGUGGGGACCAUCACCUCCACUCAGCAUUCUAAGAUCCACAUCUGUAACUAUGAACUAGGGAUCAUUUUCACCAUUCCCCCAUUAGAUAGGAACAUGAAUUUGGAUGAUAUAGUUCUUCCAUUUGUCAUACCUGCCCCAAAAUACGGACCCAGAGAUCGGCCAGCAACAGCACAGGCCAUGAAGGAGGCCUUGUUUGAACUUGCAGAGAAUAGGAAGCAGAUGGAAGAAGACACGACAGUUGAGGAGUAUCCGGAAGAGGAAGAAGAAGAAGAAAUAAUGGUGGAGACAAAAGAUUAUGUUGAUGAGGAGAAAGAGGAAGAGAAUACUUUCGCUGAGACUCUUUGGAGCCAAGUGGAUUCAUUAGAUAAUUUGUAUAAUUCACGAUGAGGACCCAGUUUACAUGUAUAUCCUGAGAAAUAAAAAAAAGUCAGCGAAUUAUUUGGAUACCAAGCUUCUUCCUUUGGAGUGGUCCACCUGCCAGGGAGCACUGCUGUAUACUUUUCUUUUUCUUUUUAUGUAAGACUUGUAUUUUUCUGAUAGUUUACAUUCAGGUUUCAGGAGGUUGUGUAUGAGAAGUAAA